AUGGUUGAUAGUGAUGAUAUUGUGGCUGCUGAAGAAGAUGCUACUACAACAACAACGAAUCAUUCAACUACAACAAUGGAAGAAUCAAACAAAAUAAUGGAUGGAUCAUCAGAUGAUAGUCAAACAUUUGAUGUGGUUCGGGAUGAUAAUGAAGAAGAACAAAUUGAUAAUGAUCAACGACUAUCCGAAUUGAAAAUUGAAAGUACAAAUAAUGUUGGGAGAAGUGAUGAUGAAUCUCAACUCAGUAAUGAUAGAACAGCAUCGCCACAACUUUUAAACGAUGAUGAAUUGAAAAUGUUUGAGCAUUUGGCUCAAUUAGACUAUGAAACUGAAAAGAAAGAACAAGCAACAACAUCAUCGAUUAAUCAUAAUGAAUCAUUUGGGAAUUCUUCUGCUAAUUUGGAUGAAUCAGUUGAGCAACCAUUGAUUCAUAGUCAAAUUAGUGUUUCGAAUACUGUAGAAAGUGAGGAAUAUACAAUUACAACAAAUUAUACAAUUACAACAACUCACCCAUUCAGUUCAGUCAACAUUAAUACGUCAGUAAUAUCAGAGAGUAGCUCGACUGACGAUUUGGAAAUACAGGAAAACAAGGUUGAGAUACCUGUAGAAGUAUCACUUUCUCCAAGACAAAUAGGAAAAUCGAUAAUACCUGGACUAAGUGCAUUGAGAGGGUCAACCAUGUUACCCAAUCCACCAAUUGAUGAACAUCAACAAAUACACGACGAUGAAUAUGAUGAUUUCCAUGAAAUUUCUCUAGGAAAUGAUGGAACUCCUCAAAAAAAGGGAAAGAAAAAGCAAGACAGCUCAGAUGUUAAUGAAUCAUUCGAUUAUGAAUGCAAUGUUUGGUGCUUUGCUCAGCCACUUUCCUACCUAUUCAUUCAAUUAUUUUCUAACAAUGAUUCUAACUAUUCAAAUGAUAAUGAAGUUGAAAUGAAAAAUGUAAAUAAUACACAAAUCGAAGCUUAA